GCCUCAGCCACGCAAAUCACUUCCUCUUCCUACCUCUAGCUUUCGAAGAUCUCGAACAUGGCGGCUGCCUCCUCCGCUACAUUCUCGUCACAUUCUCCAUUCCUUUCCUCCUCCAAUUCCUCAACCAAAUCUCUCAUACCCAUUUUCAGAUUUCCCACCCUCUUCUCUGUUAAGCAUGGAAAAACCUCUCUUUCUCGCCCCCUCUACAUAACCAACUCCAUCCCCAAACCCGCCGCCACCGCCACAGCCGCCAACACCACUACCACCGCUGCCCCAACUGAUGCUCCUCCCAGAUUCGCGUGUGAUGAGCCACGAAAGGGCGCCGACAUACUCGUGGAGGCGCUGGAGCGUCAGGGAGUCACCUCAGUCUUCGCUUACCCAGGCGGCGCGUCCAUGGAGAUCCACCAAGCUCUCACGCGUUCCAACAUUAUCAAGAAUGUGCUUCCCCGUCACGAACAAGGCGGUAUCUUCGCGGCCGAGGGCUAUGCCCGCUCCUCUGGUCUUCCCGGAGUCUGUAUUGCCACCUCCGGACCCGGAGCAACCAAUCUCGUGAGUGGUCUUGCCGAUGCUUUACUCGAUAGUGUACCCAUUGUUGCCAUUACCGGACAGGUCCCUCGUCGGAUGAUUGGAACCGAUGCCUUCCAAGAGACCCCAAUCGUUGAGGUAACUCGCUCAAUUACCAAACACAAUUACCUUGUUCUAGACGUAGAUGACAUUCCUAGGGUUGUGAACGAGGCAUUUUUCGUGGCUACUUCGGGUCGCCCUGGCCCGGUUUUGAUUGAUAUACCAAAAGAUAUACAGCAACAGUUAGCUUGUCCUAAUUGGAACCAACCUAUUAAGUUGAACGGGUAUGUGUCAAGGUUGCCUAAAACCCCAGAUGAGGCACAUUUAGAGCAGAUUGUUAGGUUGAUAUCAGAAGCUAAGAAACCAGUACUAUAUGUGGGAGGUGGAUGUUUGAAUUCUGCUGAUGAGUUGAGGCAGUUUGUGGAGCUGACAGGGAUCCCUGUAACAAAUACUUUGAUGGGUCUUGGCACUUAUCCGGCUUCGGAUGAGUUAUCACUUCAGAUGCUUGGAAUGCAUGGGACUGUGUAUGCUAAUUAUGCCGUGGAUAAGAGUGAUUUGUUGCUUGCCUUUGGAGUAAGGUUCGAUGAUCGUGUGACAGGAAAGCUUGAGGCCUUUGCAAGUCGUGCAAAGAUUGUUCACAUAGAUAUUGAUUCGGCAGAGCUUGGAAAGAAUAAGCAGCCUCACAUUUCAGUUUGUGGAGAUGUGAAGUUGGCGUUGAAAGGAAUGAAUAGGGUGUUGGAGAGCAAACGAGAGAAGCUUGGUCUUGAUUUCUCAUCUUGGAGGCAGGAGUUGGAUGAGCAAAAAGUGAAAUAUCCCUUGACAUAUAAGACAUUUGGGAAUGCAAUCCCUCCUCAGUAUGCAAUCCAGGUUCUUGAUGAAUUAACUGGUGGGAAUGCGAUUAUAAGUACUGGUGUCGGGCAGCAUCAAAUGUGGGCUGCUCAGUAUUACAAAUAUAAACGCCCACGCCAGUGGUUGACAUCAGGAGGGUUAGGGGCUAUGGGUUUUGGAUUACCUGCUGCUAUUGGAGCUGCAGUUGCGAAUCCUGGCGCAGUUGUUGUAGACAUUGAUGGUGAUGGAAGUUUUAUCAUGAAUGUUCAGGAGUUAGCCACCAUCCGUGUGGAGAAUCUUCCUGUUAAAAUAUUGCUUUUAAAUAAUCAGCAUUUAGGCAUGGUUGUGCAAUGGGAGGAUCGCUUCUACAAGGCUAACAGGGCACACACUUAUCUUGGGAACCCAGAGAAAGAAGCUGAGAUUUUCCCGAACAUGUUGAAGUUUGCGGAAGCUUGUGGAAUACCUGCUGCUCGUGUGACAAGGAAGGAUGAUGUUAGGACAGCAAUUCAAACAAUGUUGGAAACUCCUGGACCAUACUUAUUGGAUGUGAUAGUUCCUCAUCAAGAACAUGUCUUGCCUAUGAUCCCAAGUGGUGGAGGUUUCGACGAUAUUAUCAUGGAAGGUGAUGGAAGAAAGUAGUGAAAAGCUAUGAGAACCAAUUAUGCUGUCAGUUUAGUUCAUGUAUUAGCUAUAGUAAUGUGUUUUUUAUAGGUUCUAAUGUGUCUGUUAGAACUUCAGUUUAUUAGCUUGCCUUUUUCUAAUAUGUAUUAUAUAAACGUUGUACUGCGGAAAUUGGAGUAAUGGGUGAGUUUUGCAUGGUU